AUGGCUAGGAUUUUGGUUCAAAGAGGAAGUUCUUCCAACGCAAGCCGCUCUACUUCUUCCUCGUCUGCUUCAUCUUCUUCCUCAGGAGCUGAGCAAAGCAGUAAUGUUCCAGCUACUAUUGAUGAAGAAACUAUGGAUGGAAAGCAAGAAGAGGUUCCUGUUGUUGAACAAGCAGAGUGUUCUUCUGAUGCUAAUGUUGUUGAACCUGUGGAUAGAGAAGAUGAAGAAGGUUUGAGUGUUUCGGAAAAUGUUGUUGUUGUUGAAAGUGAAGGUGUAGACUGUGAUUCUUCAGUUAGUGGUGGUGGACAUGACCUUGAUUCACCGGCCUUACCUGUUCCUCCACCAAGGUCUUCUUCGAAUGUUGCCGCUGAUAAUAGGAGAUCUGUCUUGGGAAAUUUUGGUGCUUUACGAAUUGGAGCAGCAACACAAAGAGGAGCUGGGCCUCGGUCUCUUAGGAGUUCACCAACUGGAUCACAUCCUUCUUCUCCACGAUCACAUUGUGAGAACGAAGGCUAUAACAGUUCUGAUGAGCAUAUGCCACGCUUUGUACCCUCUCAAGCAACAUCUGGCUCUGGCUUGGAAAGAGAACAUCAGUUUGAAACCGAGAUUAGACAAUCUAAAGGCUUUGAAAUCAGGCGUAUGCUGGCAGAUGGAAACUGUCUCUUCCGGGCUGUUGCAGAUCAAGUAUAUGGAGACUCAGAGUCAUACGACAUGACUAGACAAAUGUGCAUGGAUUACAUGGAACACGAGAGGGAUCACUUUUCUCAGUUCAUAACUGAAGGCUUUACCUCUUACAUGAAGAGGAAAAGAAGAAACAAGGUGUAUGGAAACAACGUGGAGAUCCAAGCUUUAGCAGAAAUGUAUAAUAGGCCUAUCCAUAUUUAUUCAUAUAGCACAGAGCCUAUCAACAUAUUUCAAGGGAGCUACAACACCGAUACACCUCCGAUAAGGCUGAGCUACCACCAUGGGAACCAUUACAAUUCUUUGGUGGAUCCACUUCGGUUGACAGUUGGUGCAGGACUUGGAUUUGGUAGCCUGAGUGGGAGACACGUGGAUAGAGAGCAGGUGAAAGCUGCUAUUAAGGCACAGCAAGAACAUCAGAUUGAUAAUGCGCUCUUAGCAGAAGGGAGAUAUUACUCUGAUCUUGAGCUUACAGAAAAGGAGAUUGAACGGUCGGUGAUGGAAGCUUCCCGUGCUGAGUAUCUUAUGGAAUGGUCAAAGCCACGAAUUGGUCCCAGUUCUAAUGCUGAGACGUCCUCUUCUGGAGCUAGAACUUCAGGCAGUGAUUGGAAACCAAAGGAGGGAGUAAAAGAGAAGACGGUGCUGAGCAGCAGCAUUGAGAUGGUUUUGUCGAUGGGAUUUAGCUAUACGCAGGCCAUGGAAGCUUAUAGCAUUUUCGGGGAUGACGUUGACUCUAUUGUCUGCUAUGUACUGGAGACGAGCUGUGGCAGCAACAACCGACGCAAAGGCAAAGCCAUGGAGUAG